CGUCUACCAUUUUUUCCACUAUAAAAGAAAAAAAUCAAAGCUUAUCUCUAUUCACAGGCCACAGCACCUCUAAGAUUCUGUCCACAUUAAGGUUCACGAAAUCUGAGACUAACCCUAUAUAAGCAUCACCUUUUCCAUUCUUGAGUUGUAUGCUUAACCCAGAAAAGAAGUUUCAUCACAAACAAAAAAGACCCAUUAAUCCAUUAUUCCAUUAUUUUUGAGCUGCUCUCUUCUUGUCUUUCAACUAAGAAAUGUAUUUUCUUUUCCCAAGAAAAGACUGUACAUUGGUUGUUUAAGAUGCUGCACUGGAAUUGGGCCUCACCCUGUAAUGAAAAUUUGUAACUUUUGAGUUGAUUUGAGUUGGUCGGGUUGCAUUUUCUGUCUCCUGCUUAGUUGAUUGGCCAUGGUGGUAUUCCGGGUUUUACUUUUGUGCUGUUUCGCAAUAUUCCCUGCAAUUUUCGCACAAAUAUUCGAAGACGCGAAAAUUAGCAUCGACACAAGCACCAAAAUUGCCGAUACUGAUGAUCCUUACAUUUGUGCCACUAUCGAUUUGUGGCCGCCAGAGAAGUGUAAUUACAACAGAUGUCCUUGGGGUUCAUCAUCAGCCUUAAAUCUCAACUUGUCCCACCCUUUCCUUAAUAAUGCUAUUAGAGCUUUCAAGAAGUUGAGAGUUAGAGUCGGUGGUUCUUUGCAAGAUCAAGUGGUAUAUAAUGUGGGGGAAUUAACCUCUCCUUGCCAUCCAUUUAAGACGCAGAAGGGUGGUCUGUUCGGUUUUUCAAAAGGGUGCUUGCAAAUGGAAAGAUGGGAUGAGCUGAAUAAAUUUUUCAAUAGGACAGGAGUUAUUGUAACAUUCGGGCUUAAUGCUCUAUACGGGAGGCAUCGUAUUCAUAACAACAAAAACGUUUGGGGAGGUACUUGGGAUUCAAGCAAUGCUCGUGAUUUCAUUACAUACACUCUUUCCAGGGGAUAUCACAUUGACUCUUGGGAAUUCGCUAGUGUUGGAGCCGAACAAUAUGGGAAAGAUGCCAUUCGACUAAACGAUAUGCUUAACAACUUGUAUGCGAAUUUCUCACCGAAAUCAGCGGCUCGUCUAAUCGCACCAUCGGGAUUUUUCGAUAAGAAGUGGUAUGGUGAUCUCCUUAAGGCCUCCGGCCCAAAAGCUGUCGACAUUUUGUCGUAUCAUUUGUACACUCUCGGUCCAGGAAAUGAUGGCAAUACGGUGAAUAAAAUCUUGAAUCCCGAUCACUUGGAUGAAGCAUCUCGCAUAUUCAGCAUGAUUACUUCAACUAUCCAAUCAAACGGGCCUUGGGCUUCCGCAUGGGUCGGCGAAUCGGGAGGGGCCUUCAACAAUGGUAUCUGGAUCAAAUUGCAAUGGCGGCUAAGUUUCAAACCAAAGCAGACUUUGAUCGGCGGGUUUUACGGGCUCCUAGACAAAACUACAUUUGUUCCCAAUCCUGAUUAUUACAGCUUGUUAUUAACGUAUCGUGCUUGUGAGGCAAAUAUCAGCGCACUUUUGUGGCACAGGCUAAUGGGAAAAGCAGUGCUUUCUGUUAACAGCAACUCGUCAAAAUAUUUGCGGGCUUACGCUCAUUGUGCUAAAGAAAGACUUAGCAUAGCCGUACUUCUGAUCAACCUAAGCAACCAGACAACAUAUAAUGUCGAAGUCCAAUCUGACGAGCAAAACCAAAAUCGAGCCAAAAAAAGAAACUCCAUCACGGACAGGCUUAAAAAAUCGGUAUCGUGGGUUGGAAAUAAGGCUUCAGACGAGAAGCUGUACAGAGAAGAGUACCAUUUGACUCCCGAAAACGGCAACCUUACAAGCCAAGUCAUGUUGUUAAACGGACAUCCUCUGAAGCUAACGAAAAAUGGAGGCAUCCCGAGUUUGGUCCCGAGCCUCGUGAAAAUGGGAUCGAUUUUGACAAUUUCUCCUUUAUCGAUAAAAUUCGUAGUUUACCGAAACUUCUGGUCCCCUGCGUUUAGGCCCCAGUUGGUCGAGUUGCAUUUUUUUCGUCUCCUGCUUAAUCGAUCAGCCAUGGCAUUCCGGAUUUUACUUUUGUUCUGUUUCGCGAUAUUCCCUGCAAUUUUCGCACAAAUAUUCGAAGACGGGAAAAUUAUCAUCGACACAAGCGCCAAAAUUGCUGAAACAGAUGAUCAUUAUAUUUGUGCCACUAUCGAUUGGUGGCCGCAAGAGAAGUGUAAUUACAACAAAUGUCCUUGGGGUUCAUCAUCAGCCAUAAAUCUCAACUUGUCUCACCCUUUCCUUAAUAAUGCUAUUAGAGUUUCACUGACAGCUUUCAAGAACUUGAGACUUAGAGUCGGUGGUUCUUUGCAAGAUCAAGUGGUUUAUAAUGUGGGGAAAUUAACCGCUCCUUGCCAUCCAUUUAAGCAGCAGAAGGGUGGUUUGUUUGGUUUUUCAAAUGGGUGCUUGCUCAUGAAUAGAUGGGACGAACUGAAUAAAUUUUUCAAAAGGACUGGAGUUAUUGUAACAUUCGGGCUUAAUGCUCUAUACGGGAGGCACCGUAUUCGGGGAAAUGCUUGGGGAGGAAGUUGGUAUUCAAGAAAUGCUCGUGAUUUCAUUAUUUACACUCUUUCAAAGGGAUAUAGCAUUGACUAUUGGGAAUUUGGUAACGAGUUAAGUGGCAGUGGGAUUGGAGCUAGUGUGGGAGCCGAACAAUAUGGCAAAGAUGCCGUUCAACUAAAUGAUAUGCUUAACAAGUUGUAUGCGGAUUUCUCACGGAAACAAGUGCCUUGUUUAAUCACGCCAUCUGGAUUUUUCGAUAAGAAGUGGUAUGGAAAUGGUGGCCAUACAAUGAAAAACAUCUUGAAUCCCGAUCAUUUGGAUAAAACAUCUCUCCUAUUCAAAACGAUUACUUCCACAAUCCAAUCGAAGGGACCUUGGGCUUCCGCAUGGGUCGGCGAGUCAGGAGGAGCCUAUAACAAUGGUGCACCAAACAUAUCCAACACAUUUCUCGACAGCUUUUGGCAGACUUUGAUUGGCGGUUUUUACGGGCUCCUAGACACAACUACAUUUGUUCCCAAUCCUGAUUAUUACAGCGCACUUUUGUGGCACCGGCUAAUGGGAAAAGCCGUGCUUGACGUUAACAUCAACUCGACAAAAUAUUUGCGGGCUUACGCUCAUUGUGCUAAAGAAAGCCCUGGCAUAGCCGUACUUCUGAUCAACCUAAGCAACCAGACAACAUACAUUGUCGAUGUCCAAACCGAUGGGAAAAACCAAAUUCGAGCCGAGAAAAACAACUCCAUCACGGGCAAGCUUAAAAAAUCGGUCUCGUGGGUUGGAGAAAAUGCUUGUGAGAAGAAGCUGUACCGAGCGGAGUACCAUUUGACUCCCAAAAAUGGCGAUCUUACGAGCCGAGUCAUGUUGUUAAACGGACAUCCUCUGAAGCUAACGGAAAACGGAGACAUCCCGAGUUUGGUCCCGAGCCUCGUGAUAAUGGGUUCGAAUUUGACGAUUCCGCCUUUAUCGAUAAAAUUCGUAGAAGGCGGCAAGGGCCAACGAAGGGGGGAAAACGAAAGGCCUUUUCUGGGACCCAAGAAAGACAUGGAUUUUUUGUGGCGUGGCUUUUCUAUUUCACUGCUUGAAGGAAAGUCACAAGUCAAGUGUCGCGUUCUGGAGCAGCCGACGCAAGGCAACUUAUAUAUGGGUGGUGCUUCAGAAUCAGAAUCAUCAUCAGAUCUGUCGGUGAUAUUGCCCCGCGUUGUAAUAGUCUCUAGGCGAUGCGUUCGCAAGAACAAAUUCGUCGAUUUCGUAGGCGAAUACCACCUCGAUCUAAUCGUAAAAUACGGCGCUGUCCCCGUGAUAGUUCCCCGCGUAAGUGGGGUCCACACGUUAGUUGACAGCUUCGGCCCCAUUCACGGAGUCCUCUUGUGCGAGGGAGAGGACAUUGACCCAUCCCUCUAUAAUAAUAAUCAUAAUAAUUCUUCCCAAGAUGGAGAUGCUAAUUCCCAUUCCCUCUCUCCGGAGGAGUUGGACGAGAUCCGUCUCGUCCACGCCUCCGACACUGCACUCGACCGCGAGAAGGAUGCCAUAGAGCUCGCCCUCGCGAAGCUCUGCCUCGAGCGUAACAUCCCUUACUUGGGCAUCUGCCGAGGCUCCCAGCUCCUAAACGUGGCAUGUGGGGGUGUGGCCCACAUCGACUACCAAAACUACGACGCCCACCGGCACCCGGUACGCCUCGUCCCCGGCACCCCACUCCAUGGAUGGUUCGGGAUGGAGGAGGAGAUAUGGGUCAACAGCUAUCAUCAUCAGGGGGUCAGGAGGCUGGCACACAGGUUCGUGCCCAUGGCCUUUGCGCCAGAUGGACUCGUCGAGGCCUUUUACGACCCGGAUGCUUAUUGUCCGAACGAGGGCAAGCUCAAUACCUCCACCUCGAUUCCUACUAGUGUGCCCGUGCCCAACCCUAUAAGGCUUGAUGGGGAAAUGGAGAAGAAAAGAAAGGUUAUCGUCAGGAGCUUUUCGCUUGCGCGAAAUAUUUAUCAACAUCCCCACACAAUCACUUCCUCUAAGCAAUCUCAACUUGAGGCUGGGGCAGAGUUUCUUGAGUCGAAUACAGCUCUGAGCCUGCAACAAGAAACCAGACUAAAGCAAAUGGGAGCUACUGUAAGGAAUGCAUCUUCCUACUUAGAAAGGUUGAGAGUAAAAGAGGGGAGGGAGAAAUUAGCAAGAAACGUGAUGGGGAAUAUGACGGUCGAGCAGCUAUCGGAUCUCAUGUCUUUCUACAACAUGAUGGGCCAGAUAUGUUCUGAGUUGAUCGGCCAUGGUAUUCCGGAUUUUACUUUUGUUCUGUUUCGCGAUGCAAUUUUCGCACAAAUAUCCGAAGAGGUGAAAAUUAUCAUCGACACAAGCACCAAAUGUGUUGAAGCAGAUGAUCUUUACAUUUGUGCCACUAUCGAUUGGUGGCCGCAAGAUAAGUGUAAUUACAACAUAUGUCCUUGGGGUUCAUCAUCAGCCAUAAAUCUCAACUUGUCCCACCCUUUCCUCAAUAACUUGGAGUGGGAAAAUCAUUUUUCU